AUGGGUUGCAUGAGUUCAAAACCCGUCGACACGGCGGAUAAAGACGCUGUCCAACGAAGCGCUAGGAUAGAAAAGGUUCUGAAAAAUGACAAGAAAGUAAUGGACCGAACGAUCAAGAUUCUCCUCCUUGGUGCUGGUGAAUCGGGCAAGUCGACAAUCAUCAAACAAAUGCGAAUCAUACAUUCCGGCGGCUUCCCCGAGGACGAACGACGCCAAACACGAGCUGUGAUCUACUCGAAUCUUGUUAUCGCCUUCAAAGUUCUACUGGAUAUCAUGCGCGCCGAAAACAUUGAUUUCCAGCUUGAAAAGACAAAGCCGUUAGCCGAAUAUGUAGACAAGCUUGAGCCAGACGUCGGUUCAGACGAGGCAUUUUCAGAUCUCAAGGUCCGCGACGCUCUCAGAGACAUGUGGGACGAUACAGGUGUUCAAAAAGCUGUUGCUCGGGGCCACGAGUUUGCUCUUCAUGAUAACUUGCAUUACUUCUUUGAUUCGCUUGAUCGAAUAUUCACUCCUGGGUGGCUUCCCGACAACCAGGACAUGUUGCAGGCUCGUUUGCGGACAACCGGAAUUACUGAAACUCUCUUUGAACUCGGUCAAAUGAACUUCCGAAUGAUGGACGUCGGUGGACAGCGAUCUGAGCGAAAGAAGUGGAUUCACUGUUUCGAGGGUGUUCAAUGCCUUCUAUUCAUGGUUGCCCUAUCUGGUUACGACCAAUGUCUCGUUGAGGACCAGAAUGCCAACCAAAUGCAUGAGGCAAUGAUGCUGUUCGAGUCCUUGGUCAAUGGCGAAUGGUUCAAGCGCAAACCGAUCAUCUUGUUCCUGAACAAAAUCGAUCUGUUCAAGGGAAAGCUGCAUGUUUCGCCUGUCUCCAACCAUUUCCCUGACUACAAUGGCUCCAACACGGACUUCGAUGCAGCAGCCAGAUACUUUGCAGACCGAUUCCGGGGCAUCAACCGGAUUCCCGACCGAGAAAUCUAUAUCCAUUACACGAAUGCUACCGAUACGACGUUGUUGAAGGCAACAAUGGAUUCGGUACAAGACAUGAUUAUUCAAAAGAAUCUCCACACCCUCAUACUAUAA